GGGUGUGUGAUGAUAAUAAUACGCGGGCUUAUAUAACCUUCUGCAUCUUGCGAGCACUUCUCAGACAGUCCCUAAAGAAUCUUGGGGCUGCUGUCAGGUCCCGCGGCUUAAUCUGCAAAUAGGAAACCCGAGGCCCAGAGAGCAGGAGGUAGGGCAGUGAGGAUCAGAGGGCAGGCCUUCCUGGCUCCCGGAUCUCCUCCGAGGUCAGGGCAGAUAAGGAACAAUGACUCUCCCCUUCUGCGGGAGGAAGGAAGUCCCGCUGCCACCUUAUCUCUGCUCCUCUGCCUCCUCCCUGUUCCCAGAGCUUUUUCUCUAGAGAAGAUUUUGAAGGCGGCUUUUGUGUGACGGCCUCCCAUCGUCAAUUGGAGAAGGCGAAUUUCACAAAUGAGAUGCAGGUUCUUCACGGCAGAAUAAUUGCAGACAGUCUUCAAAGGACUCCAUCUGCAGAUGUUCUGAAUACCUCUGAGUCUAGAAAUUGAUUAUUCAACCAGGAUACCUAAUUCAAGACUGCCAGAACUCAGGAGACCAAGACAUUUUGUCAGUUUUGAGACAUUGGACCAAAUACAAUGAAGUAUUCUUGCUGUGCUCUGGUGCUGGCUGUCUUGGGCACAGAAUUGCUGGGGAGCCUGUGUUCGACAGUUCGGUCCCCAAGAUUCCGAGGAAGGAUACAGCAGGAACGAAAAAACAUCCGACCCAACAUUGUUCUUGUGCUCACAGAUGACCAAGAUGUGGAGCUGGGGUCCCUGCAAGUCAUGAACAAAACAAGGAAGAUUAUGGAACACGGAGGGGCUACCUUCACCAAUGCCUUUGUGACCACACCCAUGUGCUGCCCUUCCCGGUCGUCCAUGCUCACUGGGAAGUAUGUGCACAACCACAAUGUCUACACCAACAAUGAGAACUGCUCCUCGCCGUCAUGGCAGGCGACGCACGAACCUCGAACCUUUGCUGUCUAUCUUAACAACACAGGCUACAGAACAGCCUUUUUUGGAAAAUACCUCAAUGAAUAUAAUGGCAGUUACAUCCCUCCUGGGUGGCGAGAAUGGCUUGGAUUAAUCAAGAAUUCUCGUUUCUAUAAUUACACUGUUUGUCGCAAUGGCAUCAAAGAAAAGCAUGGAUUUGAUUAUGCAAAGGACUACUUCACAGACUUAAUCACUAACGAGAGCAUUAAUUACUUCAGAAUGUCUAAGAGAAUGUAUCCCCAUAGGCCCAUUAUGAUGGUGAUCAGCCACGCUGCGCCCCACGGCCCUGAGGACUCGGCCCCACAGUUUUCAAAACUGUACCCCAAUGCUUCCCAACACAUAACUCCUAGUUAUAACUAUGCACCAAAUAUGGAUAAGCACUGGAUUAUGCAGUACACAGGACCAAUGCUGCCCAUCCACAUGGAAUUUACCAACGUUCUACAGCGCAAACGGCUCCAGACUUUGAUGUCAGUGGAUGAUUCUGUGGAAAGGCUGUAUGACAUGCUUGUGGAGACGGGAGAGCUGGAUAACACUUACAUCAUUUACACUGCCGACCACGGUUACCACAUUGGGCAGUUUGGACUGGUCAAGGGGAAAUCCAUGCCAUAUGACUUUGAUAUUCGUGUGCCUUUCUUUAUUCGUGGUCCAAGCGUAGAACCAGGAUCAAUAGUCCCACAGAUUGUUCUUAACAUCGACCUGGCCCCUACGAUCCUGGAUAUUGCAGGACUUGAUACACCACCCGAUGUGGAUGGCAAGUCUGUCCUCAAACUUCUGGACCUGGAAAAGCCGGGUAACAGGUUUCGAACAAACAAGAAGGCCAAAAUUUGGCGUGAUACAUUCCUAGUGGAAAGAGGCAAAUUUCUACGAAAGAAGGAAGAGUCCAGCAAGAAUAUGCAACAGUCAAACCACUUGCCCAAAUAUGAAAGGGUCAAGGAACUAUGCCAGCAGGCCAGGUACCAGACAGCCUGUGAGCAGCCUGGGCAGAAGUGGCAGUGCAUUGAGGACACAUCGGGCAAGCUUCGAAUUCACAAGUGCAAAGGACCCAGCGACAUGCUCACCGUCCGGCAGAGCAACCUCUACUCUCGAGGCUUCCAUGACAAGGACAGAGAGUGCAAUUGCAGGGAGUCUGGUUAUCGCCCCAGCCGAAGCCAGAGGAAGAGUCAAAGGCAGUUCCUGAGAAACCAGGGGACUCCAA